AUAAACAUGUUUUCAGAAGAAGCCACCACCACAACAACUCCUCCACAAAACCAGAGAACUACUCAAAGAUUUUCCUUUGCUUUCUGAAUAUUUUGUAAUUCUUCUCUUGAUCAUUUGCUCAUCUUAAAUAAAAGAUCAUGGUUAUCUGUGUUCCUCGUGUAAUCAAGAAAUCUUCAACAUCCUUGGAUGUUCCCAAAGGCCAUUUUGCUGUUUAUGUUGGGGAGAAGCAGAGGAAGAGAUUUGUGAUCCCCAUAUCAUACUUGAGCCAGCCUUCAUUUCAAGACUUGCUAAGUCAAGCAGAGGAAGAAUUUGACUUUGACCAUCCAAUGGGCGGUGUAACAAUUCCCUGCUCAGAGGACAUCUUCAUUGGCAUCACUUCUCAAUUUAGGAUUUAAGUAUGUAAUUGAGAUCAUUUUUACUUUUUAGAUCUCACAAUUUUGUAUACUAAAGUAGGAGAUCCAUAUUGUACAGUUGGUUAAUUAGAAGCUAUAUGAAGCUUAGCACCACAAAGAUUGGUGCUUUUUGACUCACAAAGACUAAUUCAAAGAAUACAGAUACAACAUUAUCUUCUCUCACUAAAUGUAUCCGAUUCUUUUUUAUCUUUAAGCUUUUCAAGAUAAAAUUUCAAACUUAGUUUAAUUUAACUUGUAUGCAUGAUUUGUAAACAUCAGUCAAUAUUAUUUAGUUGAUAUUUUAUAUUACCAAA